AUGCACAAGAGAUCCACUCCUGUGUAUCAGUGGGCACGUGAACCGGGCAAACGUCCCCAAUCGGCAAUCAAAAUCCGCACCUUUGGUCGUACCGCAUCUUCAGGCCUGAUCUCAGCCAAGAACGAUGGACCUCGGCCCCAACACACUGUGCGUUGGCUCCGAUACCGCCGAGCACCCCUUCGAGGUGAACCCGCUUUCCACGGCAAGAGGUCUGCUCGAGGGUACUGGGCAGUCCUUGCUUCUGCCUGCUGA